GCUGUGUUCCAAACUUACACCAACAUUUUCUUUGAGUAAAAUGAAAUUCAUGUUUCCGACGGUGAUCGAAGUUGGUGAACGAUUCAAAGACUGUUUAAUUGAUGUCGUCCAGCAAAAUGAUGAACUGGAAAUCAAAGACGCUGGAUUCGAAACGUUGUCGACCACUUUAUCAUAUUGUUUGUACGAGCUGGCACUGAACCCGGAAAUACAGGAGAAAGCCAGGCAAGUAAUUCAAGAUGCGUUUGAGAAACAUGGAAUGUUUACAUACGAAAUGAUGUUGGGCAUGCCGUACAUCGAUCACAUACUUCAGGAAACUCUCCGAAUGUACCCGCCGCUAUCGAAUUUAAACCGAAAAACGAUGAAUGAUUAUCAAGUGCCCGGAUCAAAUCAUGUGAUUCGAAAGGGACUAAUGGUGAUGAUUCCGAUUUUUGCUAUUCAGCGUGAUUCUCAAUACUAUCCAGACCCAGAAAGUUCAAUCCAAACCGUUUCGAUGCGGAAGAAGUGAAGCAACGAAAUUCCAUGCUGUGGUUGCCAUUUGAAGACGGUCCCAGAAACUAUAUUCUCAAAACUUGUGU